AUGGGCACACGGGCCAUGGCUGCUGUAAACGGAAAGGAGUUUGAUACUCCUAGUCCUGGCUGGCUGCACCGACAGGCCACGAGCGUAUUAGGCACAGUGACCAGACAGGCGUGUAAGCAACCUAUCUACACCUUGGUCUUUACCGCUCUACUAGCCACCAUGGCCUACACCAGUCUGCUGGAGGAGAAUUUACAAAAUAUCGAUCUUACACGGCCGCCGGAGAGUCACUUCAGCCAGCCUGAUGUUACAGACUUUCUUCAGGGGAGCCGUAGUCUUCGCCUCGGAGAGGCGACCGCCUGGAGAUGGGAGACUGAGGAUGAGUCGAUGGAAGACCAGGAGGUUGCAUCGCACUUGGCUUUGAUUACGCUCGUGUUUCCCGCCUCCGAAAACAACCCACAAAUUCCUUCCAUCCAGGAGAGUGUCAUUUCUGACUUGACCGCUGCACAAUCCGUCUCUCGAGCACCAAGUGUUUUCUCCCCCAUCUUGAGCGAGACUUCAAUUGCUCUUUCUGUGCCAUAUAACUACCUGGAAGAGGUCCUGCGCAAAGCCCAAAACUUCCCGAAGUCACAGGGUGAGCAUUCGUCCGAAAUCUGGGCCAUGAAAAGCACUGGUAAAGGCAAGUCUGGCUUGAAGCUCAAGCUCUGGCUGACAGACUCCUUGGCCUCCUUUGUCGAUUUGAUCAAGAAUGCAGAAAUUGUCGAUAUCAUCAUCAUGUUGUUGGCAUACCUGGCGAUGCACCUUACUUUCCUGUCACUCUUCAUAUCGAUGCGCCGGCUCGGGUCCCGUUUCUGGCUGGCCUCCUCGGUGCUGCUCUCUGGUUUCUUUGCCCUCUUUUUUGGGCUAAUGGUCACUGCUAGCUGUGGUGUGCCAAUCUCUAUGGUUCUUCUUUCAGAAUGCCUUCCAUUUCUGGUAGUCACCGUGGGAUUCGAGAAACCUAUUCGUUUAACAAGGGCCGUACUGCACGCUUCGACCGAAUCCCACAUUCCUGCGAAGCCGAUGACCCGGCGGUCCAUACCCGAAGCCAUUGAGGUGGCCAUCAGGCGCGAGGGAUGGCGUAUCGUGCGUGACUACACUAUUGAAAUUGCUAUUCUGGGGGCAGGCGCAGCCUCGAAAGUAGGAGGAGCUCUGCCUCAAUUCUGCUUUCUGGCUGCAUGGAUUCUUUUCUUUGACAGCUUGCUGCUGUUUACCUUCUAUGUCACUGUGCUAUGCAUAAAACUGGAAGUCACGCGCAUCAGGAAGCAAGUCAAGCCGCAUAAAGGUCUGGAAGACGAUGGUAUGACCAUCGGUAAUCAUGACUUUGACUCCCGUAUCUUUGGCUGCAAGGUCAAGGCUGCAAAUGUAUCUCGGUUUAAGUUUCUCAUGGUUGGCGGCUUUGUGCUCUUUAAUGUGCUUCAGCUGUCGUCCCUGUCUUAUGGCAACGUCAGGGUUUUUGACUGGGUGCCGUACCUCUCAAACCUCUCGAACAUUCUGAUGCCUACCCCAAUCAACCCUUUCCGAGUCGCAGGCAAUGGUCUGGAUGAUAUCUAUGUGGCUGCCCGUGUGAGCAACAUUGAAACGCGUGUUACGGUGUUGUCGCCGAUCAAAUACGUCCUACAAUUAUCGGCGCUGCCGCAGGCUGAGCCUUGGGGGGACGAUCUUGCUGGCCCGCUCUUCGAUACACUACGCGGCCGCACUCUUGGGGGCGUGCUGGCAUGUCUAGAAGAUUCAUUCAUGAACAAGUGGGUGGUUGCUGCGCUGUUCCUAAGCCUGGUACUGAACAGUUAUUUGAUGAAGGCAGCUCGUUGGAAUCUACGCGAGCGUGAGGUGAUCCCAGGCAGCUCUUCCGCAACCGUGGGCCAGCCAAACGACUCUUCCAAGAAGUCUGAGCUGAGAAAGACUAUAUCACCGCCUAGCGAGCUGGCUAACCCGCGAACAAGCGAACAACUUGACGCCAUGCUACAAGAAGGACGAGCAUCGCUAUUGGAAGAUGAGGAAAUAGUCGAGCUAUGCCUCCGCGGCAAAAUCCCUGGGUAUGCCUUGGAGAAGACGAUGGAACGCCAUCCCAAGGUGAACCGCCUGGAAGCCUUUACCCGAGCAGUCAAGAUCCGCCGCGCUGUCGUGUCCCGUACCCCGUCCACCCUUGACGUGGCGAGUGGCCUCGAGAAUUCCAAAACUCCCUAUGAGAACUAUGACUAUACCCUAGUCCAUGGGGCCUGCUGUGAGAAUGUCAUUGGAUAUCUGCCACUGCCGGUAGGUGUGGCUGGGCCUCUGGUAAUAGACGGUCAGAGCUAUUUCAUUCCAAUGGCGACUACUGAGGGCGUACUAGUAGCCAGCGCGAGUCGUGGCUGCAAAGCGAUUAAUGCUGGGGGCGGUGCUGUGACGGUCAUCAAUGCUGACGGCAUGACCCGGGGGCCCUGUCUUGCAUUUCCAUCCUUAUCUCGCGCAGCAGAAGCCAAGCAAUGGAUUGAUUCAGAAGAAGGGAAGCAGAUCCUGACCACGGCAUUCAACUCUACCAGCCGAUUUGCCCGCCUGCAAGGCUUGAAAUCAGCGCAGGCGGGCACCUACCUCUAUGUCCGAUUCAAAUCGACGACCGGGGACGCCAUGGGUAUGAAUAUGAUAUCGAAAGGGGUCGAAAAAGCCCUUGAAGUCAUGAAGGAGCAUGGAUUUUCGGAUAUGGCAACUAUUUCAGUGACAGGCAAUUACUGCGUCGACAAGAAAUCAGCCGCGAUCAACUGGACCGAUGGACGGGGCAAGUCAGUCGUCGCAGAGGCUUUGAUACCAGGGGAUGCGGUGCGCUCCGUGCUCAAGAUAGACGUGGAUACUCUUGUUGAACUCAACACCGCUAAGAACCUGGUCGGCAGCGCCAUGGCUGGCUCUAUUGGCGGGUUCAAUGCCCAUGCGUCGAACCUGGUCACGGCAGUGUUCCUAGCCACAGGGCAAGACCCAGCGCAAAACGUCGAAAGCAGCAACUGCAUCACCAUUAUGAAGAAUGUCAACAAUAACCUGCACAUCUCAGUAUCGAUGCCAUGCAUAGAAGUUGGCACAAUCGGCGGCGGAACCAUCCUCAAAGCGCAAGCCGCGAUGCUCGAUCUGCUGGGUGUUCGGGGUGCCCAUACCACCAACCCUGGAGAUAAUGCCCGCCAGCUGGCCCGCAUUGUUGCAGCCGCCGUGCUGGCAGGCGAAUUGAGCACGUGUGCUGCUUUGGCAGCGGGCCAUCUAGUCAGUGCCCAUAUGGCACAUAAUCGCGGUAAACCGGCGGCGAAGACUGCAUAA